CAAAACUUUAGGUGUAAAAAAAAAAGACAAUAACAACAAUAGUUACAUAAAUAUAAAUUUAGCUAAAAGCGCUUUAGUUAUUUUCUUUUAUUUAUUUAUUACCUUUUUUUUUCUUUUUUUUUUUUUUUUUUACAAAUAAAUAAAUUAUAUAAUAUCAUAAUAAUAAAAGUAUUGUAGUAAUAAUAGAAUAAAGUAAUAAUAAUACUAAAGUAAUAGUAAUAAUAGUAGAGUAAUAAUAAUCAUAUAAUAAUAAUAAUGUCAUCGAAUCAAACUGAUACACCAACAACUACACCAACUACACCAGCAUCAUCAUCAUCGAGUCUUGGUGAGUUUAUACCACCACAUGAAAGUGCAGGUGUUGGUAAUCUUUUAUUUCUUUUUAUAGCAUACUUUUUGUGUGGUGCAGUAGUAUUUAUUGGUAUGAAACAAUAUAUUUCAUUUAAAAGAAUUCCAUUUUAUGCAAUAUUUUUUUCAUUUUUAGGAUGGUUUAUUUGCUUUUCAAUUGCAUAUUUAGUACCAAUAGACAUUAUAGUUACAGAUCACAUUGAAUGUGAGUUUAAUAAAUAUAAUAAUACAAAUAGCGAAGUCGAUUGUGAUGAGCCAAUGACCUAUUUACCAUCAGGUAUUAUGAAAUUACAAUGGAGAAUUUUAUAUUUUGGUACCUUAAUUUUAUCAUGGUUAAUUUUCCCAAUUCUUCAAUCAUUUUCAACAGCAGCAGACUUUAGAUUAUCAGAGCGUAUAAAGAGAUCAAUUAAAGAGAAUAUCGUUUUAUAUACAUUUAUGGCAAUAGGUGGUCUUAUUGGUGUUAUUGUAAUUCUUAGUGUUAAAGAGAUGACUCCAAGCAGUUUCUUAGAUUUUAUUAUGGUUUUAGCAAAUGUUUAUGGUGUUGUCUUAAUCGUUAUUACUAUGGGUUAUGGUUUAAUAGAUGUACCACGUAAUUUGUUUAGAAAGGGUAGCCACUAUAGUAUUUUACGUAAUUAUCGUGUCGAGGCUGUAGUAUUGAAAACAGAGUUAGAGGAUACAAGAAAGAAAUUGGUAGAACAUCUCAAGCUUAUUAAAACUCUUUCAGAUAGGGCUGGUCAAUAUGAUCCAUUCCGUAUCUAUUUAGAUAUAAUUAUUUCAAAAUGCCCACUCGAAUAUGACUCUGUUAUUCAAGAGUAUCAUGCUGACCCAUUACCAGCUGGAGCUGAUGAAGAGAUGUUAAGCUAUAAGAAAUUGGUUUGUGUUCAUUCAACACUUUUAGAUUUAGUUGACCGUACUCACUCUGCAGAGGUACUUUACGAACGUCUUUUAGGUAAAGCUUUUGCUAUUGAAGAUAUUAUAGAAUCAAAGCAAAACAUUAGACAAAAUCCAGAUGUAGAAAAAGGAAUCGCUUGGACAUUUAAACCAAUUACAAAUAACAAAGCAGAGUAUAUGUGGCAUAUGUACAUCUUCCCAUAUUACUAUAGAUUCAUGGGUUUCAUUUGUUCAUGUCUUUCUGGUAUCAUAGUUUGGAGUGAAAUUGUUUUGGCUGUUUCAAGUAACCCUAAAUAUUCUCCACUCUACCGUGUUAUUGUCAGCUCAGAGCCGGGUAUCGGUUUGCAAAUAUUUUGUUUUAUUCCAUUAAUCUAUAUGUGUCUUUGUUCAUAUAGUACUCUUUUCAAAUUACGUAUUUCAACCUAUUAUAGAUUGGUACCACAACAAACCAACACUUUUAGUAUUAUGUUCAGUGCAAAUUAUUUAUGUCGUCUUGCCGCUCCAUUGGCUUUUAACUUUAUUCAAAUCUGCCACACCAAUGAUAAUACAAACCCACUUAUUAAAUCACCAUUUGAUGUUGUUAUGGGUGAUAUGAAUGCUUUUGGCGAUAAUGGUAUCGGUAAAAAAUUCACAGUAUUUUUCCCAAUUUUUGUAAUUGUCGUUUGUGUAAUCUCAUUCUUUAAUUUACACAAGAGGAUAGCCGCUUCGUGUUGCAUUCAAAGUCUUAGAAUUGUUACUGAUACAUCAGAAGGUGCUGUCGACCAAGGUUUAAAGAUUCUUAAACAAGAGCGUGAGGAAAGAUCAUUAAAUGGUGGUGUUGCUCCAGUCAAAACUCGUCUUAAUAUAAUGAAGGAUAUGUUUGUUCAAAAGAAAAAGGGUACCUUAAUUCCAAAUCAAGAUGGCGCAAAUGAUUCACCAUCAAAAAAUAUCGAUUUCUCAAAUAGAUAUAAAAAUACAGCACCAAAAUCAAAUAUUGCAAUUGCAAAUCUCUCAAGAACUUAUACAUCAAAGUCUGGUAAUGUUUAUUCAAAUCAAAAGGAAGAUAAUGAUAGCGGUUCAGGUAGUUCAAUUAAUAAUCUUUUCUCAAACAUUUUGGGUGAUAAUAAAAAUAGUGGUAAUAAUGGCGCAAUAUUAAAUUCAAAUAAAUCAACAACCGGUGGUAAAGAUAAGCAAAGUUUAAUUUCAAAUUUUUUAAACAAAGGAGAUUUUGGCUUAGAUGAUGAUGACGAUGAUCAUACCUUUGACGAUAUAGAAAUGGGUGCAUUUAAAUCAAAACCAGGUAAAAAAUAAAAUUUAAAAAUAAAUAUUUAUAAAAAAACAAAUAAAAUUAUUUAAAAAUCUAAAAAAAGUAGAUAUAAAAUUUUAUUUAUUUAAAUUUUUAGUUUUCACU